CGGCUAUUCAACAUUGUUGUAAGUUCGGCACUUAAAGUCUGAAACUAUUGCAACGAAAAUUUCAAAACAAACCUUAAGCAAAAAUUUCGUUUGCAUGGCGUCAAUGAUAGGAAAAUAAUAUUCACCAAGACAUAUACAGUUUUGUAUAUGUGUAAUGUACGUACUGGAAUAGUUUUAUUAGUAUCUUUGCAGUCAUAUUAAAUACAUCAAGAAAAAGGUUAAAUACAUGUCUCGCACCUUCAAACGGAUUACACGCAUACAGUUUACUGGGGAACAGUAAUUCGACCUUAUUAAGUGAAAUAAUUACAAAAUGCACUGUUUGCCAAAAAUAUGUUCAGAGGAUGCUAUUGUAGUAAUGAAAUAAUCAAAUAUUAGAUAGUUAUAUUGAAUACAAAACAAACUGCAAAUAGUAUGCAAGGCAAUUAUUGGGCAACACAAACAUAUAUAUAUAUAUACUCUUAGAAAUAAAAAUCUAACUGACCUGUAAUUUGUUCUUCCGCUUAUCAAAAUUUUUAAGACAAAAAAAGUAAACAUUAUGGUCCCUUAAAUCAUAUUUGGAUACAUAUUCUGAAAAAAUUAUGAGUUUGUACACAUGUUUGCUUCCUUUUUUUCCAAAGCUUCAGGCUAUCCAUCUCUUUAACUAACCGAUCGAACAUUAAUGAAUUUUUAAAAACUCAUAACGAGCUUUUCUUUGGGACUCUGUCUAUGAUGUCAACGUACGAUUGUAAAUAUGACAAUGUAACAUCUCAAGUCAAGUGUCUUAUGACGGAACCAGAGGAACAGAUUUGAAAAAACAGAACAAAUGUCCAACCAACUGAGUCUGUGUAUACCUAUUAUCAAAUUUGUCCGAGUCCUUUAACUGACUCUUGAUGCCGCAUAUAGUAGCAGGCUAGAUUUUUUUAAUUUUUGAUAAUCACUAAGCCUGAUCAGUUGCUCACGUUCAAUAUAAUUUGGCAUUGAUAAAUCUAAUAAGCCAUGUCAUGGUUUUGAAUCUUUUUUUCAUAAACUUUGAUUUCAUUAAAACAAAUCAAACUUUGUUCCAAACUUAUUUUUGGCCGUGGACUCUCACCAUAGGUUUUUCUAGGUAAACUGUCGGCCUAUCAUAUUUUAAAUGGCAACCGUAACAAAACCGGAUACGAAAAGAACUUAUCUUAAUUGGUUUGAAAAUCUUAACUCUGAAAGAAAAGAGGCUGAAGGUUAUCAAAAUAUAUCAUAUGAUCAUCGUCAAUCGGUUAGAGCUGCACGCAUCGAAACAGAUUUAAAUACAAAAUAUGAUCAAAUUCAGACAAAUAAUCAUUUAUCUGAUCGUAUACGGAUUUUACAUCAAUGGCGUGAUAAAUUAAUUGUUCAAUUAAAUAAACUUAAACAAAAAGAGAAUCAAUUAAAAGAUGUUAAACAUAAAACAGAAGAGUUUCUUAUUCAAUUAAAUGAUUCAUUUGAUGUCAAUAUUGAAUCUUUAACACAUUUAGAUCAUAGACAAAAUGAUGAAAAUGUUAUGGAUCCUGUUUUUACAGAAUUAAACAAGGAACGUGAUCUAUUGAAAGAAAUACAAACAGAUCUUCAAGGACAAGUCGAUAAAGCAAUUCAUUUAUUAGUUGAAAUGAACAAUGCAGCAAAACCAUUUUAUUCAGAUAUUCUUAAUAAAAAUGAAGCUGUACAUAUUGAUAUUGAUGUUUAUAAUAUGAAUGAAACAUCAUCUUGUAUUAGUCAUAAACCAUUUUGUGAACGUUUACCAGAAAGUUCAAUAGAUUUACAAACAUGGGAGAACAUAAGUUAUCAAACUAUAGAAAAUGCUGAAAAUGUAAUUGGAAAAGCUGAUGAUUUACUACAUCGACUGCAUAAUAGUCUGCAUAAAGCAAUCAAUAGGAUGUCCAGCAAAGCUAGUCAAGUAGAUAAUGAACUACGUAGACGUAUACAUGAUACUCUUAGAGCAUUACGUGAGAUUGAAUAUCAGAUUAAAAGUACUGAAAAUGAAAGGGAUGAACAUUUGAAAGACAUAAACGGUUUAGAAGAUGCUAUUCUUGCUAAAAAAGAAAGUUUAAAAUUAGCCGAAACACGACUGGAGAAACGUCAUGAUCGAUCGGGGAAUGAAAAUAUUCAAGAUGCUCCUCAUUUGAGUCUGCUAGGAGAGUUAUCAAGUCUACGUAAUUGUAUUAAUAUGUUAGAAGAAAAACUUACCAAAUCUAGGAGUAUCAUGAAUAAUUUAUCACAGCAAAUUGUUCAACUACAACAUGAUACUCAACAGAAACGUAAUUCUUUACAAAUUUAUGAAGAAAUUCAUAAUAUACGUAAACGUCUUGAUUAUACUACAAAUACAAUUAGUCAUAUGUCAUCAUGUCCAAUGAUACCCAAUGGUAUUAAACGAGAACCAGUCGUAUUUUAAUAAAUGAAAAAGAGAAUGUAUGAAACUUCAAGAGUCUAUCAUCUUUUAUUUCAUAACUUUAAAGCACCAAAAGUUUAAUUUCUAUUAUGAUCUCAUUAGAGUUACAUAAUCAUUCCAUUUUGUUUUACAGUAAUUUAAUAAUAUUUUUUCAUUUCUAUUGUGAUCAAUGAGCAUUGAAUGACUCUUUCUGUCUGUGAUGAGGAUGGAUCUUAUCUUAUUUAUCAUUAUUAUUAUUAUUAUUAUUAUUUACAUUUUGUUUGAGAACAAAAGGAUCAAUCUCACUAAAUAUGUCUUUCAUUCAAUAUAAAUCAAAUAUACUUGUUAGGUAGAAAAGAUUUAAAGCUCAGAUAGAUGAUUUUGAUGGAGUUUUGUUCUGUGAGCUGGAGGAUUUGGUCGUGGAGCUUUCAUUGUUCUUUUGAACGACAUCAUCAGAGUAAACCAUCAAAAUCAAAUAUACCUAUCCUGUUCUACUCUUAUGUAAUAAUACACUGUUUUAAGUAGUCAAUAAUUAUAAAUACAAAUUUGUUUAAUAUCAA